AUGUUUACUGAAGGACUUGACAAAAAUGCACUUCGAUGGGUCAGAGAGAAGGAAGUUCCAUUCUCAAACACUACGACAAUGAGAUCUCGGAACGAUCCGAUUAAUGGAAUGAUGAGUGGUGGAGGAAGAGGGUUUGGAUUACCACCACCAGCAAAAUUUAGAAGUGGUCAUCUUCCAGCAAAUGCAUUUACUGUGUCAGCAACUGAGAGGUUCGACAGUGGUUCGAAUACUGAUAUGGACGUUAGUGUUGAUUCGGACGAGGAAGUUUAUGGUGACAAGUAUUCUUUGGAUUCAUCACCACAAGACAGUAGAAUCCCCAAUGGUGCUGAUAGGAGGCACGGGAAUGGUUCCCAGAUGCCACGAUCUCGAUAUGCGAGUGAUUACACGUUUUCUGAUGUAAGUUCGUCUCGAGAAACACUGGCAGGACGACAGGGAUUGGCGAGGGAUCCGAUGAUGAGAGCUGCUUCUAAUGUAAGGCAGAAUGGUUUCACCGAGGAUGAUUCAUCGGAUUCGGCGGCCAGCUCAGAAUUCUCUUCGACACAAGUAGGAAGUGUCAAUGGCACUCUUCCGAAAAGUAGGGCUUAUAUGUCAGCUGGGAAUGCUUCCAGUGUACCUUCAAGGAUGAAUCAACAAAGUUCUGCAGAAAAGAAUGGAAGAUUAUCUGACGACGAGGACGUUCCAAGUGCACCCCCAUUUUGUGGUUCUACUCAAGAGAUAAGACCAACUAAUGAGCAAAUUUCAACUUCUACGGCUCGUAGUACUCCAAAUAAAGUGGAAUCAAGUACCUUGAAAUCUGUAACCAGGGAUAAGUUUGAGCACAGUAGAGAUGCAAGCUCGGAACAAUUUGUUAGAACUGCUACUGGUUCUGAGGGUGCUGCGUCUUCUAAUCCACAACCACGCCUACCAACAUUUCAUGCAAGUGCUCUUGGGCCAUGGCAAACAGUAAUUGCAUACGAUGCUUGCGCGCGGCUUUGCCUUCAUGCUUGGGCAAUGCAAUGUAUGGAAGCUCCUAUGUUCUUGGAAAAUGAAUGUUCACUACUAAGGGAUGCAUUUGGAUUGCGACAAGUGCUACUUCAACCCGAAGAGGAAUUAUUAGUGAAAUGCAAUGCCGAGCUUUCCAGCGAGGGUGUUGUACCUAAACCAAAAAUACUUAUUGGCAAGAUGAAGGUGCAAGUACGUAAAGUCAAAAGGGGUGUUGACCCUCCUACUGGCUGUAGCAUGUCAUCCAUAGUGACAGAUAAAAUUAAAAUGGAGACAGUACGAUACAAAUUCUCGAAGUUACAGUCAAAAAUAUCUUCUGGAUGGCACGCUCUUAGGAAAGUUCGCUUUGUACCACAUUUGCCUGCUAAUGGCUCAUUCACUCAUAAAAGCUUGGCGUAUGUGCAUGCUAGCACUCGCUAUAUACAGCAAGUCUCUGGACUCCUGAAAGUUGGUGUAACAACUUUGCGGAGCAAUUCAUCAUCCUAUGAUGUUGUGCAAGAGACAUUCUCGUGUUCUUUAAGACUGAAAAGCUUAGUUGAAGAAGAUGCCAUUAAGUUGCAUCCUGGAUCUGGUGAAACCCAUAUGUUUUUCCCAGAUAGUCUUGGAGAUGAUUUACUUAUUGAAGUUCAAGAUUCAAAGGGAAAACAUUUUGGCCGUGUUCUUGUCCAAGUGGCUGCUAUAACUGAUAAUCCGGCAAACAAAGUAUGCUGGUGGCCUAUUUACCGUGAGCCUGACCAUGAGCUUGUCGGCAAGAUACAACUUUCUAUAAAUUAUACUACAAGUGCAGAUGACAAUAGCCAUCUUAAGUGUGGUUCUGUAGCAGAGACAGUUGCGUACGACUUAGUUUUAGAAGUUGCGAUGAAAGUCCAAGGCUUCCAACAAAGGAACCUAUUGUUAGAUGGUCCGUGGAAAUGGCUCUUAACAGAGUUUGGUUCAUAUUAUGGCGUAUCCGAGAUAUAUACCAAGCUGAGAUACCUAUCGUAUGUAAUGGAUGUAGCUACACCAACCGCAGACUGCCUUAACUUGGUAUAUACUCUGCUGGCACCAGUUAUCAUGAAGGGAAAUAGCAAAACUUCUUUGAGUCAUCAGGAGAAUCGACUAUUAGGAGAAAACAAGGAAGAAAUUGAACAGAUACUCUCACUUACCUUUGAGAAUUACAAGUCACUUGAUGAAUCAUGUUUAUCUGGUAUCUUCGAGGUUUUCAGACCAGCAUCUGAUCGUGCAGCACCUGCCUUGGAACCUGCUGUUAAACUGUACAAGCUUCUUCAUGAUAUCCUAUCUCCCGAGGCCCAAACUGCUUUCUGUCAUUAUUUCCAGGUUGCGGCAAAAAAGAGGGCUAGAAGACACCUUUCCGAUACCGAUGAAUAUAUUACACAGAAUAAUGAAGGUUUGUUAAUGGAUCAUAUGACUAUUACUAUAGCUUACCAGAAGAUGAAAACUCUCUGCACAAAUCUUAGGAAUGAAAUCUAUACUGAUAUCCAAAUUCAUAACCAAAAUAUACUUCCCAGCUUUGUAGACCUGCCAAAUCUUUCUGCUUCCAUAUACAGCACAGAGCUUUGCAACAGAUUACGAGCGUUCCUCAUAUCUUGUCCACCGACAGGUCCAUCAUCACCCGUAGCAGAACUUCUUAUUGCUACAUCAGAUUUUCAAAGAGAUAUUUCAGCCUGGAAUAUUAAUCCUAUCAAAGGUGGAGUGGACGCAAAAGAACUGUUCCAUUUGUAUAUUCUUGUUUGGAUCCAAGAUAAACGUCAAUCUUUGCUUGAGUCAUGCAAAUUAGACAAGGUGAAGUGGUCUGGAGUUAGAACACAGCAUUCUACUACUCCAUUUGUUGAUGACAUGUAUGAGCGGCUGAAGGAGACUUUGACCGACUACGAGGUCAUAAUUUGCCGUUGGCCGGAGUAUAUAAUGGUUUUAGAAAAUGCAAUAGCUGAUAUUGAGAAGGCCAUUGUGGAAGCUUUAGAUAAACAAUAUGCGGAUGUAUUAGCUCCUCUUAAAGAAAGCAUGACUCCAAAGAAAUUUGGGCUGAAAUAUGUCCAGAAACUUGCAAAACGAUCUACCUGCGCAUACGUGGUUCCUGAUGAGGUUGGAAUUCUUUUGAAUUCUUUGAAGAGAAUGCUCGACACCUUACGUCCUAGGAUUGAAUCACGGUUCAAAUCAUGGGGUUCUUGCUUGCCAAAUGCCGGAAAUACAGCACCUGGUGAGCGGCUCAGCGAAGUGACAGUGAUGCUGAGAGCAAAGUUCAGAAACUACUUACAGGCUAUUGUGGAGAAACUCGUCGAGAAUACGAAGUUACAGAAUGCUACCAAGUUAAAGAAGAUUCUUCAAGAAUCCAAGGAAACCGUGGUGGAGUCUGAUUUAAAAGGUAGAAUGCAGCCACUGAAAGAGCAGUUAGCCAGUACCAUAAGUCACAUUCACAGUGUCUGCGAGACUCAUGUUUUCAUUUCCAUCUGUCGAGGUUAUUGGGAUCGAAUGGGACAGGAAAUAUUGAGUUUCUUGGAGAACCGAAAAGAGAAUAGAUCAUGGUACAAGGGUUCAAGGGUGGCUGUUUCUGUUUUGGAUGAUACGUUUGCCUCACAGAUGCAGCAGCUUCUAGGAAAUGCAAUACAAGAGAAAGACAUGGAGGCACCUAGAUGCAUCAUGGAAGUUCGUUCUAUGCUAUGUAAAGAUGCACCUAAUCACAAGGACAACAGUUUUUACUAUUAG